UCAAUUUUGCAACACACAACACACAACACACAAUACACCACUCUCUAUCUUUGUUGCUCCUCUCUCUCUCUCUCUUCCAUUGCUGGUUGCUGCGACCAAGGUAGCGGCGGCGACUAGGAAGUAAACCCCAAUUACUUGUCAUAUUCGCAGUCACUCAUUCCAUUAACUGGAAAACAAGAAUUUACAGGCUUGAUGGCAGCGAAGUUGCAACAGUUGCAGUCUAAAGCAUGCGAAGCAUCAAAAUUUGUUGCCAAGCAUGGAACUUCAUACUACAAGCAAUUGAUGGAGCAGAACAAGCAAUACAUUCAGGAGCCACCUACGGUGGAGAAAUGCGACCAGCUGGCAAAGCAAUUGUUGUACACCCGCCUAGCUAGUAUUCCUGGUCGUUAUGAGUCCUUCUGGAAGGAGCUUGAUUAUGUCAAGAAUUUAUGGAAGAACAGGCAAGACCUAAAGGUGGAACACGCAGGUAUUGCUGCUUUGUUUGGCUUGGAAUGCUUUGCCUGGUAUUGUGCUGGUGAGAUUGUUGGAAGGGGAUUCACUUUCACAGGUUAUUAUGUCUGAAAAUAACCACAAAUAACAACUUGGAAGUGUAUGUUUUAGCAGGGGGGUUUUAUGCUCCUAAGCCAGCUGCUCUGGUCAUUUAUACGUUGAGUGAAUUAUGGGGCAUUCAUUCCACACCCCAAUUUUUGUUAUUUUGGAUUUUUGUUUUU